AUGUCUCGACGGCGAUUGGCUUUAAUUUUUGGCAACGAUGACUACGGAGGCGACAAACAAUUAAAUAGUUGUGUUAAGGAUGCAAGGGACAUGGUAUCCAAAUUACAAAGUGUAGGAUUCACUUGUACACAGUUCCAUAAUUCAAAAAAGCCGGAAAUGGAUUGUGCUUUUAGAGAUUUUUGUUCCAAAAUUAAGAAUGGCGAUUGCAUAUUGAUCUAUUUCUCUGGACAUGGCAUGGAACAACAUGGUAAGAAUUAUUUAGUGCCUAUUGGGCAAGUGUGUGAUCCCGAAUUCGACUGUAUAUGUCUGGAUACCAUGUUAAGAAAGUUAAAUCGAAGCGGUGAUAGUAUUUUAAAUGUUAUCAUUUUGGAUGCGUGUCGCGCUGAUAAAGACAAUAAUACUUGGAAAACGACGGGUGCCAAUGCAGAAGAAUGUUCCGAACCAGCAUAUGGGAAAGCGUUAACAUCUAAUGUUUGUCUGCCUACUGGAUCACAAUUCGCUUUAAUAUUUUCGUCUGAUCCUGGCACAGUCUCGUUUGGUUCUGACGCAGGUGAAAACAGCUUCUUUACAUCAGCGUUGCUGAAUCAUUUGGUAACGCCUAAUUUAAUACUUGAAGAAGUUAUGCACAGGGUACAAAAGGAAUUAUUAGAAAGGUCAUCGAAACGACAAAGACCUUGGCUCAAUUCAUGUUUGGGGGAAGCAUUUUAUUUUAAUAGAGUUAAUAUUCCUCCUAAUGCCACGUGGAAGCAGAACGGAGUGACUAUUGCUGGACGUAAUGGGGAUGGGGAUGCCACUAAUCAACUCUACCGCCCUUUUGGUCUCUUUGUUGAUGAUGAUCAAACAGUGGUUAUUGGUGACUUAGGGAAUAAUCGUAUCGUCCAAUGGAAGAACGGUGAUACAACGAAUGGACAAGUUGUUGCUGGUGGCCAAGGACAAGGAAAUGGAUUACAUCAAUUGAAUCAGCCAACAGAUGUAUUAAUUGACAAAGAGACGGAUAGUCUCAUUAUUUGUGAUCGAGUGAAUAAACGAGUUGUACGAUGGUCUCGUCGUAGUAGUACAACAAAAGGUGAAGUACUCAUCGACAACAUUCAAUGUUAUGGAGUCGCUAUGUAUGAACAGAGAUAUCUCUACGUUUCUGACGAAGGAAAACAUGAAGUAAGACGAUAUCAAUUGGGUAAGAAGAAUGCCACUCUCGUAGCUGGUGGAAAUGGCACUGUCAUAGCUGGUGGAAAUGGUAAAGGUGAUGGUCUCAAUCAACUCAACAAUCCUUAUUAUCUCUUUGUCGAUCGACAACAGACUGUCUACGUGUCAGACAACAACAAUCAUCGUGUAAUGAAAUGGGAUAAAGGUGCAAAAGAAGGUAUUGUGGUCGCUGGAGGACAAGGCGCAGGGAGUGCUCUGACACAAUUGAAGUAUCCUGAAGGAAUCUUCGUCGAUACAUUGGGUACACUCUAUGUAGCAGACUCGUUGAAUCAUCGUGUAAUGCGUUGGACUCAAGAAGGCAAGAAAAAAGGCACUGUAAUUGUGGGUAGAAAUGGUUCAGGAGCAAGAGAAAAUAAGUUCAACGUCCCCGUUGGUUUGUCUUUCGAUCGACAAGGUAAUCUCUAUGUCGUCGAUCAUGGUAAUAAUCGUGUUCAACGAUUUUCUAUCGAAUGA